CUACUUUUGGUAUGGCUUAUCUGGGUGUCGAUACAAGCCGCAUUGCGGGCACACAGCCACUGGAGAUGCUUCUGGUGAGCAGUGGCAGUCCUGAUCCACAUUCUACAAUUAUUAUUGAUCCGAGAACCGGUGUUUCGUCAUGGAGUUAUAAGGGAUCAGAAUUACAAGGAGCAUCAACUGGACUUGUUGAACCGCUGGGUCAUGACGGUGAACACGUCGUGAUUACAACAAAGGAGCGACCACUCGUCCACGUACUUGCUGUACACCCAAAAGAUAGAUUUCAUCAAAAAUGUGUUCUUCCUGGCCCGGUUUCCGCAAUCGUCAGUGAUAAUUCCGGUCAUUUUGUGUUCAUGAGCAUCAAAAGACAACUUUAUUGCUGGCUUCUGUCUACUGGAGAAUUGCUAUCAGUGAUCGAUGCGCACUAUCAAAAUAUCACGAAAAUUGUAAUAUCCGAUGACGAUUCCAUGAUUUUUACUGCUUCAAAAGACGGAGCUGUACACGGUUAUCUUGUUACUGAUCUUGUAUCUGCCGAUCGUGAUCACACAGUUGCUCCAUUCAGAAAAUGGGCUUCUCAUACUUUGUCAAUUUCUGAUCUCAAAAUCACAAAUGGAUCGAAUCCACGAGUUUUAUCAGCUGGAGCCGACCAUAUUGCAUGUCUUCAUUCAAUUUCUAUGGAUUCAGUAAUUCUGAAAGCAUCGUCAGACCGCCCGUUAACAGCCUGCGCCAUCGAUCCCGCCGAGACUCGAAUUUUUAUCGGAACUGAAGUUGGAAAUAUUGCUCAAAUCAAUUUAUUCCAGUUGGCACCCGAAGAACGUGAUCUCCUAGUUCAAGCUGGUGACGAGCAUAACACGAAAUUCCGAGUUCUCAAUGGACAUUCUGAUGAGAUUUCAAGGCUAGCUAUCAAUACAGAUGGAACACUUUUGGCGUCCGGUGAUGCUUCUGGAAAAUAUUGUAUUUGGGAAAUAAGUAGUCAUCAAUGUCUCAAGGUAUCAACAAUGCGCUCAGUAAUCAAUACCCUCCGUUUCAUUCCAUUCUGGAAAACGAUCAGCGGAGGAGAACACGUCGCCAAAUUUCGUCCAGUUUGGGAUUUGAAACGAGAACCUACAAAAUGCGAUCGUUUCGCAAUUGAAGUAUCCACUGAAUUUAACUCUGAUCAGAAGCAUUGGAAUGACGUCAUUGAAGAAACUAUUGAUCAACUUUUGUUGGAAUCUGGAAGCAAAUCAUCUGCACAAUUACAAUGGGACGCCGAAGGACCUGCUAGAAAUGAAGCUGCAAAAGCAGAAAAAGCAGCAGAAAAUACAAUUAAAAAUAUCAUUACUCUUGGAGAUGAUGAAGAUGAUGCACCAGAAGUUGGAAAUCAGAGAAGAAAAAGUGGAAAAAAGAAUAAAAAGAAUAGGAAGAAUCAAAAGAAAAAUGAUUUUGAAGCAGCAGUUAUUGAGAAGAAACAAGUAGAACCGAUUGUUAUUGAUGACGAAGAAGAAGUCAAUUCCUCGCUUCAGAAGAAAUUUGAUGCUUUGAAAGCUGAAAAUGAGAAGCUCAAGGAAAUCAAUAAACAAAUGUACGAAUUUGUUGCCAAGGAGAUUGUUGAUAGCGAAAAAUAGAUUUUUUAAUUUUAUUCUUGCUUUUCCCUAUUUGUUACAUUGUUAUUGGUGUUGCUGUUGAUCUUUUUCUGUUGUUUUUGUUUUAAUAUUGAUUAAAGAAACUUCAAAAUU